AUGCUGACUGGGAUCGCGGGCGACUUCACGGGCGACGUGCCUUUCUCAUACCACCGCGAGCUCCGCAAGGCUGGGGGCCAGAUCGGUGACAUUAAGGCGAAAUUGAUUUCUUCAACUACCAUCCCAACAUUCCUGAGAACAUGGUCCGAAAUUAUGGUCUCGAUCCUCCCCGAGAAGAUGAUGCAUAUCAUCUACCGGCUGCCUGUGCACGACCCGAAGGGUCAGUGCAUCCCCGCCAUCAAGGACGAGGUUUCGCUGGAGUACGCUCUCUCCCUGCGCCCUCACUACAUGAUGCAGGCGCUGGUGGCCGCCUUGGAUGCGGGUGCGAUCCCUACUGGCCCUACCUUCAAAUCGCUGACCGACCUGGCCUCCGACAUGAAGAUCAAUAUGAAAGGGACGGCGCGCGAGUGCAAUCUUGAUUCAGUGAUCAUUGCGUUCGGCCUCAAUUUAGAUACGAAGGAGAAGUGGGUGCAGAAGUGGGGAGAUGUGCUGAUCACGGCGUCGUCGACGGGCCAGCUGAGCCGCAUCGUCAACGAGAAGGUCGAGAAUAAGCAGGAGAGCCUCGCCGAGAUCCAGGCCGAGACACCGCUGGAGAAGCCCAUGGACCCCGUGGAAGUUGUCGAGGUGGAGCCAGAGGCGCCGCAGAUCGCAGAGGUCAGCCUGGAGCAUAUCAUGGGCCUCGAGGAUCAGGCCGUGUCCUCCGCGAAGGAGUCCAUCGACACCCAGGAGCUCGGCUUUGGUGAGGGGCUCGCGAUGAUUGAUGUGAAAAUGCUUGAGAACAACAUCUCGAACCUCUACUGGCGCAGGCUGGCUGAGAAGAAAGACAUCUGGCCCAAGAUUGUAUUCCGCAAAGGAGUUGGGAACAAGGCGACGACAGAAGUCGUGGCUCUUCAGCGGCAGACCCUUGACCCGAACACGUUCGUGAUGCCGUGCGCUGGUGAUUUCACCUGCACGCCCGCCAAGGACGGCAUCCCCGUGUGCCACAUUCUUGGGCUGCAGUUCUUCCUCGUCCCUGGAAGUGCAGGCUCGGUCGCCUCCGAGGCCCCUGUCCCAGCGUGGAUCGUAAAGACUGUUACUCGCGCAGAUUCAGCUACCAUGGUCCGCCACGACGGCACGUUCACAGCGUAUCUCGACUCCAACCUGAACGUCUUCGAGGACAAGCCGGAGGGAGGGAAGAUGGUCCAGAUCGAGUUCAACAACCCCGUGCUCAAACUGAAGGAGGGAGAGGUGGCCGACAACACGGGCGACAUCGUGCUGACGCGCACGCUGACCGACACCGAGAAGACGCAACGUGCUACGAGAAAGUUCCUGGGCGGCACGGACUUGGCCUUGGCCCUGCCAUCGGCUUGCGACAUCAUCGAGACGAAGUUGAAGGCCUUGGCGGAGGGCCUAGCACAGGCACAGGCGCCCACAUCAGAGUCCAAGGAUGCGGCGGCGAAGUUCGUGGACCCGAAAGGGUUCAAGCACCUCUUGAAGUGA